AUGGCGUUCCUUCAUGGUGUUUUACAUAGCAUUAAAGACAAAUUAGGCCAGCAUAAAGACACUUUAACUAGCGCACUUAAGUCACUUAAAGACAAAAAUAAUAAUGGUAUUACUAAAUACAGGACGGCGAUAGCCGAGGUGGCCAGUGGAGUACGUACAUAUAAUGAGAGUGUUAGAAAAUCAAAUGAUGAUGUGAAAAGUGUUAUUAAUAAAUUGCGUGAUGAUGUUGGUAGACGUUUUGUAAAUGAAGUAAAUAACAUUUUGCGUAAUGGAGAUGGAGACAAUAGUGCAGUCAAGAAGGCCGCGCAGUUAAUCCAUGACAGGUUGACAACGUGUAUUGAUAAUGCCGGCAACUUUAUAAAUAGGUCAAAGAAUUUACAAAUAGAAAUAAAUGACCUGAAUCCCGAAGCAAAAUUAAGAGUGAAUAAUGCGACAAAGAACAUUGCCCAUGAAUACCAUAGGCUCUGUGUCUCGUCGGCUAAGGAGUUUAGGGACUUACAUCAUAUGACGGAGAAGAUUACGAAAACAUUAAAUGCUCUUAGAGAGACUGUAAAGCAGAAUAUUUGUGACAGAGUGAACGGUGUCGUUAACUUUCUGAAGGAGAAAGUUAAAGGAAUUUUGACUAAACUUCUCGAAGUGAAACACAGCCUUGGACAGUACAUUAAGGCGCUGCAAAAAUGGAUGAAACAAGCAAAAGAGUUUAUUGAGCAGAAUCCGCAGAUGAAAGUUAACGAAAUAUUAAAGGAAGUAAAAGACGGCGGAGCCAAAUAG